UUUAUCGCAGUGGUCUGGAACCAAACCCACAAUAUCUCUGAGGCUCGUGGCCGUGAGCACUCGGGAGCCGCCCUGCUGGCCCAAAGGCCCCCGCCGCCUUCCCUCUGAGCCCACCCCUGCACGGCGGAAGCUUCGCCCCGGAGCAUCUGUAUGAAGUGAGGGACUAGAACAUGCUCUAAAGGCCUCUGCAGCGGACCCAGCAAGCUGUCAGCUGAGCCCAGACUUGAAGCCGCCCUGCCCCCUGCCCACCAUGGCCUCUGUGGACAAGAAUGGCGAGAGCGUCUCCUCUGUGUCCAGCAGCCGGCUGCAGAGCCGGAAGCCGCCCAACCUGUCCAUCACCAUCCCGCCUCCCGAGGCCUCAGCCCCCGACGAGCAGACCAGCAUGCUGCCCCAGAGGCCCAGGAAUCCAGCCUACUUGAAGAGCGUCAGCCUCCAGGAGCCACGGGGACGAUGGCAGGAGGGCUCCGAGAAGCGCCCCGGCUUCCGCCGCCAGGCCUCCCUGUCUCAGAGCAUCCGCAAGGGCACCGCGCAGUGGUUCGGGGUCAGCGGCGACUGGGAGCUGGAGCGGCAGCACUGGCAGCGCAGAAGCCUGCACCACUGCAGCGUGCGCUACGGCCGCCUCAAGGCCUCGUGCCAGCGCGACCUGGAGCUCCCCAGCCAGGACGUGCCUUCCUUCCAGGCCACCGAGUCUCCAAAGCCCUGCAAGAUGCCCAAGAUUGUGGACCCUCUGGCCCGAGGCCGGGCAUUCCGCCACCCUGACGAGGUGGACCGGCCCCACGCCCCCCACCCACCGCUGACCCCGGGGGUUCUGUCCCUCACCUCCUUCACCAGCGUCCGCUCUGGCCACUCCCACCCUCGCCGGAAGAAGAUGUCUGUGGCCCACAUGAGCUUUCAAGCUGCCUCUGCCCUCCUCAAGGGACGCUCAGUACUGGAUGCCGCUGGACAGCGGUGCCGGGUGGUCAAACGCAGCUUCGCCUACCCCAGCUUCCUGGAGGAAGAUGCAGUCGACGGGGCAGACACAUUCGACUCCUCGUUUUUUAGUAAGGAAGAAAUGAGCUCCAUGCCCGAUGAUGUGUUCGAGUCUCCUCCCCUCUCCGCCAGCUACUUCCGGGGGAUCCCACGCUCGGCCUCCCCCGUCUCCCCCGAUGGGGUGCAGGUCUCUCUGAAGGAGUGUGGCCGCGCCUCCUUGCCUGUGGCCAAGCGCGGCAAGCGCAUCGCCUCCAAGGUGAGGCACUUUGCCUUCGACCGGCAGAAGCGGCACUAUGGCCUGGGCGUGGUGGGCAACUGGCUGAACCGCAGCUACCGCCGCAGCAUCAGCAGCACGGUGCAGCGGCAGCUGGAGAGCUUCGACAGCCACCGGCCCUACUUCACCUAUUGGCUGACUUUCGUCCACAUAAUCAUCACGCUGCUGGUGAUCUGCACAUACGGCAUCGCUCCCGUGGGCUUCGCCCAGCACGUCACCACCCAACUGGUGCUCAGGAACAAAGGUGUCUACGAGAGCGUGAAGUACCUCCAGCAGGAGAACUUCUGGAUUGGCCCCGGCUCGAUUGACUUGAUCCAUCUGGGAGCCAAGUUCUCGCCCUGCAUCCGGAAGGACCGGCAGAUCGAGCAGCUGGUGUCCCGGGAGCGAGACCUGGAGCGGGACUCAGGCUGCUGCGUCCAGAAUGACCACUCCGGCUGCAUCCAGACCCAGAGGAAGGACUGCUCGGAGACUUUGGCUACUUUUGUCAAGUGGCAGGAUGAUAUGGGGCCCCCCAUGGACAAGUCCGAUCUGGGCCAGAAGCGGACAUCAGGGGCUGUGUGCCACCAGGACCCCAGAACCUGUGAGGAACCGGCCUCCAGCGGUGCCCACAUCUGGCCUGAUGACAUCACCAAGUGGCCAAUCUGCACAGAGCAGGCCAGGAGCAACCGCACGGGCUUCAUGCACAUGGACUGCCAGAUCAAGGGCCGGCCCUGCUGCAUCGGCACCAAGGGCAGCUGUGAGAUCACCACUCGAGAGUACUGUGAAUUCAUGCACGGCUAUUUCCAUGAAGAGGCAACGCUCUGCUCCCAGGUGCACUGCUUGGACAAGGUAUGCGGGCUGCUGCCCUUUCUCAACCCUGAGGUCCCAGAUCAGUUCUACAGGCUCUGGCUGUCUCUGUUCCUCCACGCUGGCCUGGUGCACUGCUUCGUGUCCGUGGUCUUCCAAAUGACCAUCCUUCGGGACCUGGAGAAACUGGCCGGCUGGCACCGCAUCUCCAUCAUUUUCAUCCUCAGUGGCAUCACCGGCAAUCUCGCCAGUGCCAUCUUCCUCCCAUACCGGGCAGAGGUGGGCCCGGCCGGCUCGCAGUUCGGCCUCCUCGCCUGCCUGUUCGUGGAGCUCUUCCAGAGCUGGCAGCUGCUGGAACGACCCUGGAAGGCCUUCCUGAACCUGUCGGCCAUCGUGCUUUUCCUGUUCGUGUGCGGCCUGCUGCCCUGGAUCGACAAUAUCGCCCACAUCUUCGGCUUCCUCAGUGGCCUGCUGCUGGCCUUCGCCUUCCUGCCCUACAUCACCUUCGGCACCAGCGACAAGUACCGCAAGCGCGCCCUCAUCCUGGUGUCGCUGCUGGUCUUCGCCGGCCUCUUCGCCUCGCUGGUCAUCUGGCUCUACGUCUACCCCAUCCACUGGCCCUGGAUCGAGUACCUCACCUGCUUCCCCUUCACCAGCCGCUUCUGCGAGAAGUACGAGCUGGACCAGGUGCUGCACUGACCGCGUGCCUCGCGGGGCCCUGCGACAACACAGGGAUGGCGCCUGGACGGGCUGCCUGCCCGGGAGCGCCCCGCCUACACUCCAGAGACACCAGCAGGGUGCCCGGGCCCUGGUCCCAGUUCAGAGGAGGUCACAAAGGCGGGUUCCUCGGGGGACUGAGGUCCCCCCCUGCUGUGUUCCUGGCCCUGGCUGGGGAGCACUCUGAGCACCUGCUUCUCCGAAGCUUAGAGCUCGGGCCCCGACUUACCCUGCUGCUGGGACCGCCACCUGGGGGUGGGUUUCUUUCUUCCCAGGGUUCUCAGGCUGCUGCCAUUUCCCACCCCAGCCUUUACUGGUGCCUGUGCCCUUACCAGGGACGUGGCCAGGGGUCCCAGCAGGUUCCCACCUCCUCCUCACCACGGCCCCCUUCCCUGUCUCUCCUGCCCUCUCUGCCCCACGAGCCCACUUGGCAGUGGCCUGCUGAGUCUGCCCGUAAGGUGGCCAGACACUGGGAGAGGCUGCGGCCGUGGCCCGGCGCGGAGAAGCGGCGUGGAGAGAGACUGGGAAGCCAGGAGCCUUCUCCUUGGGAGCAGGCGGAGGCCGUACCCCCUGCAUUCCUCGUCAGCCAGUGUUCUGCCUGGGGUCUGGCUCUGACAACAGCCCGUCCCACCGCCCGUGAUGUGGGCGGGGUCUGGGCCACCCCAAGGACCCUGCUCCCAGGGGUUGCCCAAGGCUCGAUCAGGCCCAUUUUUUACUGGUUCAUAUUAUGGUCCUAAUUUUUAAAAGUAACGCUAACUUUGUAUGGAUGAUGUCUCAGAUGUAUUAAAUGAUACUCUUUGAGGAA